AUGGGUUGUUGCUCUUUUAAAUUGUAUACUGAUGAGAAAGCUAUAAUGGAUCCAGAAAAUGAAAUAAAUGAAGUUGCGGAGGGACUGGAAAUCAAUUAAUAGCCUAAUAAUCAUUCUAAAAUAAUAAUUCAUGACAAAGAGACCAGCUUUAUAAAAUCAAACUCAUUAUCAAAAGAAUAGGGUUAUUCAAAAGAUCUUGAAUAGUAGUAAGUUUAAACUAAACAUAAGGAAGGAGAUACAGUAGAAUUUGUAAAAAAAACUAUUAGUGGAACUAUGAAAUUAACUCCUGAAAUGUUGGUGAGAAAGCAAUGCAUAACAGAAAAGUUUUUAGCUCAUUACGAAAUAGGGGAAUUUGGAGAAGUAUAUUUGGUUAAACAUUUAUCAACGGAGAAUUUGAGAGCUGCGAAGGUGGUGGUGAGGAAAACCAUAAAUUGUGAGGAGAAAUUAUUGGAAGAGACCGAAAUCCUAAAGGCCUUGGAUCACCCAAAUAUAGUAAAGGUGUUGGAAAUAUUUGCAGAUUUUAAAUAUUAUUAUAUAGUAACUGAAUAUUGUUAGGGAGGGGAAUUGUUGGAGAGAAUAAAAACCAUAACAAAUUACAACGAGAAUCUGGCUGCGAAAUACAUGAAGUAAGUGUUUUCAGCCAUUUAGUAUUGUCAUCAGAAAAACAUUGUGCAUCGAGAUUUAAAACCUGAAAACAUCCUGUUUGAUUCAAGAGAUCCUGAUGCCAAUUUAAAGGUGAUUGAUUUUGGAGCUAGUGAAAAGAUGAUCGACUCGUCAUUCUUGACUAAAAAGAUUGGAACUCCUUAUUAUGUUGCUCCAGAAGUGUUGUCAGAUUCAGGAUAUGAUGAGAAAGUGGAUGUGUGGUCAUGUGGAGUCAUCCUGUACAUUUUACUAAUAGGGAGACCUCCAUUUAAGGGAGCAAGUGAUAUUGAGACUUUGAGAUUGGCAAGAUAGGGAAAAUUGAAUACAAAUAAUGAGAGAUGGUUGAGAACAAAUGAGUAGGCAAAGGAUUUGAUGAUGAAAAUGAUUAUAGUGGAUCCCAAGAAAAGGAUUAGUAUGUAGGAGGCUUUUAAUCAUCCUUGGAUUUAGAAUAUCUAAUAGAAUGAGAUUGAGGAUAUUAAUUUAAUUAAGAAUUUAAGUCAAUUUACUGCUUAGAAUAAGUUGAAAGCUGCAAUCUUUCAGUUUAUUUCUGUUCAAUUGGUAAAUAAGGAGGAGAGUUCAAAGUUGUUUUAAACAUUUAAGACAUUAGAUUAGAAUGGGGAUGGAGUAUUGACAAAGGAGGAAUUGCUGAAAGGAAUGUUGAGUGCAGAUGUGGAUCAUUUAAAAGCUGAGAUUAUGGCUGAUGGUUUAAUGUAAGAAUUGGAUGUGAAUGAGUCGGGGAAAGUGGAUUUUACUGAAUUCAUUUCUGCUGCUUUAGUUUAAUAAUAGAAAAUUACGAUUAAUAAUAUCAAAGUAGCAUUUAAGAUGUUUGAUAUUGAUGGAAAUGGAGUGAUAAGCAAAUCUGAAUUGGAAAGUAUUUUUGGUGGAAUCGAAAUUGAUAAUUAUGCUUGGGAGGACAUAUUGUAAAAAUGUGAUCUCAACAAGGACGGAGUCAUAGAAGAAGACGAAUUUAUUAAACUGUUGGAGAACAUUUAAUUAUGAAUUCAUUAUUCUUAUAUUAUUUUCUAAUUGAUUAUAAAUAACACAA